ACUGGCGGGUGGGUGGGAGCCCAGGUUUGUAUCAGACACAAACAGCAGCUUGUCAGCUCCCAGCACCCGGCGCUGGCUCCGACGCAAAGAGGCUGCAAUGGAGACGCUGAGGUUUCUGCUCCGCCGUGCGGGCAGCGAGCGGCCCGGCCGACGCUCCUACACCAUAUACCGGAACAUGGAGGGGCCGGGCGGGGAGGGGGCCGGGGGCCUGGAGCUGAAGGUGGCCGAAGGGGAGGAGCAGACGCUGGCCGGGGACAUGGCCGCCCUGGUGACCCCCGGCCCGCGGGACCGGACCAAGGCCCUGACCUAUCUGGUGCUCAGCGCCCUGCUCAUCUUCACCGUGGCGUUCCUGCUGGGCUACGUGGCCCUGCGGGGCAGCUGCCCGUCGUGCGCGGGGCUGCGGGGCGACCUGCUGGCCGUGGUGAGCGACGAGGGGGCGGCCGAGGAGUCGCCGGGCCCGGGGCCCCCCCUCUACUGGGCCGACCUGAAGGAAAUGUUCCAGAAAUACCUGCGGGAGGACAGCAUCGAGAGCACCAUCCGGUGGGUGAGCGAGGGUCCCCACCCCCCGGGCUCGCCCCGCAUGGACGCCCUGACCCACAAGGUGCUGGAGAGUUUCACUUCGUACGGGCUGGACCGAGCCUGGACCGACACCCACUAUGUGGGCCUGCAGCGCCCGGACAGGGUGAACCCCAACUUCCUGCACCAGCUGGACCCGCAGGGAAGUGUCCUGGAGAAACUGCCUCUGGAGGACCCCGAGAUAUACUGCCCUUACAGCGCCCCCGGCAACGCCACGGGGGGGCUGGUCUACGCCAACUACGGGCGCCAGGAGGAUUUCGAUGUCCUGGGACAGCAGGGAGUGAACCCCCAGGGCCACCUGGUCAUCGUCAGGGUGGGACAGAUCAGCUUCGCAGAGAAGGUGGCGAAUGCAGACGCUGCCCAGGCCCGGGGGGUGCUGAUCUACCCUGACCCCUGGGACAUCCCCCAGGACCUGCGCAAAGCGGGGCUGUCCCAGAACCAGGCGGUUUACGGACACGUUCACAUGGGGACCGGCGACCCCUACAGCCCCGGCUUCCCCUCCUUCAACCACACCCAGUUCCCCCCCAUCCAGUCCUCGGGGCUGCCCCGCAUCCCGGCCCACCCCAUCAGCGCCAGCACGGCCACCCGCCUCCUCAGUAAGCUGACAGGGCUGGCUGCCCCACGGGACUGGAAGGGCCGCCUGGCCGAGGUCCCGUAUCGCCUUGGCCCCGGGGACCCAGGCGUCCGGGUGCACCUCCAGGUGAACAACGUCAAGACUUCGACCAUGAUCAGUAACGUCUUUGGCUCCCUCGAGGGGCGAUUUGAACCGGAUCACUACGUGAUCAUCGGGGCUCAGCGGGACUCUCUGGGCCCGGGGGCAGCCGGGUCGGGCGUCGGCACGGCCUUGUUGCUGGAGUUAGCCCGGACCUUCUCCGCCAUGGUGCGCAAUGGCUUCCAGCUCCGGCGCACUUUGAUCUUCGCCAGCUGGGACGCAGAAGACUUCGGGCAAGUCGGCUCCACCGAAUGGCUAGAGGGGUACCUCAGCAUGCUGCACCUCAAAGCCGUGGCCUACAUCAGUCUGGACAACGCUGUGCUAGGAGAUGACAAAUUCCACGCCAAGACCAGCCCCUUGUUGACCAGCCUGAUUGAGAACGUCCUGAAACAGGUCGACAGCCCGAACCGCAGUGGCCAGAGUCUCUACGAGCAGGUGACGUUCCCGGAUCGGCGCUGGGCCAGCGAGGUGAUCCAGCCCCUCGCCAUGGAGAGCAGCGCCUACCCCUUCACCGCCUUCGCGGGGGUCCCGGCCGUCGAGUUCUCCUUCGUCGAGGACGCCCGCCCCUACCCGUUCCUGCACACCCAGGACGACACCUACGAGAACCUGAACGGGAUGCUCUUCGGGCGGCUGCCGGCCGUGGCCAAGUCGGUGGCCGAGGUGGUGGGGCAGCUGCUGAUCCGCCUGACCCACGACCACCUGCUGCCCCUGGACUUCGGUGCCUAUGGGGACGUCCUGCUGCAGCGCAUCGCGGAGCUCAACCCCUACAGCAGCGAGCUCAAGAGCCGCGGCCUGACCCUGCAGUGGAUGUACUCGGCCCGGGGCGACUACACGCGGGCGGCCGAGAAGCUGCGCCAGGACAUCUACAGCUCGGAGGAGCGGAACGAACGGCUCAACCGGAUGCACAACGUCCGCAUCAUGAGGGUGGAGUUCUACUUCCUGUCCCCCUACGUGGCGGCCACGGAGACCCCCUUCCGGCACGUCCUGCACGGGCGGGGGCCCCACACGCUGCGGGCGCUGCUGGCCCACCUGCGGCUGCUGCGGGCGGCCCCCGGGCGCUUCGACGAGGGGCGUUUCCGGCGCCAGCUGGCCCUGGCCACCUGGACCCUGCAGGGGGCGGCCAACGCCCUGAGCGGGGAGGUCUGGGACGUGGACAUCAACUUCUGAGCCCCCCCACGCACACCCCCACACCCCUCGGUGCCCCCGAAGGCUUCCCCCCCGGCCCGGGAUCCCCCCGCCGAGCCGCCUCCCUCUGGGUUCUCACCCACUGAACUCACCCCCUCAAUCUCCCUCCCCCCCUCUGCUGCACCCCCCCUUCCUUGUGUACACCUCUCCCCCCCCAUUUUCACCUACCCGGCCAGCCCCAGGGGGACCCUGCCUCUCGCCUCCCCCCCCCGAUCUGCACCCAAGGGUCACCCCUUUCUCUGACCCCCCCGAACCCUGCUGCCCCUCCCCGUUAAUUUAUCAGUGGCAGCGCCCACUAUAAAUGGUUUCGUUUAUUGCUACGCGAUAGAUUUAACCCUUUGUUGGAAGCACCAGCUUCUAUACCCCCCCCGCCCGCCCCCGUUACCAAUGGACAUUCAGCAUCCCCAGCAACCAAUCAUGGUCCGGCUCCCCACCACGGUUUCCCCCCCCAGCACCCCCCAAAAAUUAAUCCCCAGAGCGAUGGGGCUGCAGCCUCUGGCAUCAGGACUCCUGGGUUCCCUCCUCGGCUCUGGGAGAGGAGUGUGGGGCUGGUGGGUUAGAGCAGGGGGGGCUGGGAGCCAGGACUCCUGGGUUCGCUCCUGAGCUCUCUACGUAGCCUGUCUCUGUGCCUGAUUUCCCCCUGCCCUAAUGUGUGUGUGUGGGGGGGUCCCUCAGGCCAGGGCCCGCUGGGCAGGUGUCGCCCCUCCCACCCCACCCCUGGAGCCCGAAAGCUCAAUAAAAAUGGAUGCUACA